AAUUGGUACACUUAUAGUUUAUUUUGUUACUUACAAAUAAUUUUAAGUAUUGUAGUACAUCAGCUUCUAUAGAACAUAUAUGUUUAGUGUAGAAAGUACUCUAACUGAAUACCACUUCUGACUCAAUUGGGAAAUUGUAUGCUUUACAAAUACCGAUAGUACAUAAAAAGUGACUACUAGAGUAAGUGUACUUGUAGUUGUAGUUUUUUUCAACUUGUAACCUAAAUUUUAAAUAUUUAAUACAAAAACAAUUUUUUUUAAAUGAGAUACUUAAAAGCUUUAAAUGUAAAGUUUUAUAAAUCCCUUGGCAAAAGUAAAAAAAAACUUGAAGUUUAUGUUACUAAGUAAACUUACAUAUUAGUGUAGCAAGUAUAGAAUAAUAUAGAAAAUGUACAUGUACAUGUAGUGUAGGAAGGAUAAAAAUUGAAAACUUCUUCAGAUUAAAUUGGAGCAUUUUGAGUUUACAAUAUACAGAAAGUAUGUAAACUUCAAGUAUAUUUGUUCAUUUUAAUAUACUUGCACAAUAAAUGAGACAACAUUUUGCUUCUGGUUCCUAAUUUUCCAUUUUUUCUUUCCACCUCGAAACUAAAAAUUUAAAUAUUUGAAAGACAAAACAUAUUAUAUAGAAGAUUGGGUGUUGAUAUAUAUUAAAGAAGAUUUUCUAUUUUUUUUAACAGAUUAAAGGAUUUUAGAUGUAUUUUAUGAUUUGAAAAAACACAGUAAGAGUCACUUAGUAAGCGUUGACUUGAUAUUUGUUUGAUAGAUUGACACAAUUUUGGAUAAAAUGGUGAAAUAUUUGUUUUAAUUACUGACAUUUGCUGUAUUAAGAUGAUUCUGUGAGACACAAAGGCUUUUAUUUUGAAAGGAAGUCAUUCGAACUUCUGUCAGAACUAUUUCAUAUUUUGAAAAGGCACUUUUUAAUUUAUUUAUUUUAACAUUCCCAUGAAAAAAAAAAAAAAAAAAUCCUACUUCUUGUACAGUUCUUGCUAAAGGAAGUCUUGUUGCCUCCCAGCAAUCAUUGGGCUCAAACCGGAAAUACAAAAUUCCUGAGUUGCUGUCGUUUUCGUUUUUGUAAAGGCGUGCAAGCCUCGACACGCGAGUGUUUUAUGGAGGCAAGUUUGAUGUUACACAACCCGGGUCUUCCCUGAAAGCGGUUGCUGAAUGAACUCCUCCUUCCUUCCUUCUAGUUCUUCCCUCAGAGCGUUGGAGGAAACAGCAGAGACGCACCGCUCCGUCUCUGCGCUCAAACAUCUCUAUGUAGUUUCAUGACAAAGAUCUACAACUGCGAAAACCACACAAAAUGCUGGGAACCACUCAACAAGUUGUGACGGAACCCCCUACGGCCAACACUUCCUCAUUCCUGGACUCAGACUUUCGCUACACGCUGUUCUCCGUCACUUACAGCAUCUUCUUCGUGGUGGGCUUCUUCGCUAAUGUGUACGUGCUGUUCAUCCUGCGAUGCCUGCGUGAUGCAAAGGGCAUGGGAGAGAUCCGCAUCUACAUGACCAACCUGACCAUCGCGGAUCUACUUUUCGUGUGCGCCCUUCCCUUUUGGAUUGGUUACUACUACCGCGGAGGCCACUGGAUCUACAAAGACUUUCUGUGUCGGCUGACGGGCUCGUUCUUUUUUAUUAACACCUACGGCACCAUCCUCUUCCUGGGAGCCAUCAGUCUGAACAGAUACUGGGCGGUGACGCGGCCGCUGAAUGUGGCGGCUUCGAAUCGCAGGCGCCGCGGGAUCAUCGUGUGCGUUCUGAUCUGGUUGUGCACGGUGUCCAUGGCCAUCCCGCAGCUGACGUCGGAGGGGACGCACACUGGCUCAGACAACCUGACGCGAUGUUUUGAGGGCUACCACGAGGAAACGGACACAGAGAAGCGAAAGGUCGCCUUCACUCAUUUUUUAAUCAUCGGGCUGUUUUUCGUUGUUUUCUUCCUUGUCGUGGUGUGUAACCUCCUCAUCGCUCUGGCCCUACUCUCUCAAAAGGCUCCUCAAUCAACGUUGCGAUCCCAAACAUUAGUUCACAAAAAUUCCAACAGGACCAUGUCGUCCUCGAGGAAAAAGCCAAGAGGGGUGAAACAACGAGCCUUGCAGAUGCUGCUGGCAGUGGUGGGUGUGUUUGUUCUGUGUUUCCUGCCUCACCAUGUAAUCCAAGCCCCCUGGGUUCUGGCGGUACUGAAGAUCUCAGAAGGAUGGGGCCACGUAGACUGGGACCAAGGCACCCGCCAAACUCUAAACGACGCCCAUCAGAUCACCCUGGUUCUAAUGGGCCUCAACUGCAUUUUGGAUCCUGUGGUUUAUUACUUUGCCACAAGGAAGUUCAGGAGGUUCAUCAUGGCGCACAUGAAGAAGUUCGUGAAAGGAGAUGGUUGUGCCAACACACUCAACACCCAGAUGUCUGUGGAGAGCAAAAAUCACAGCCAAAGACUGCAGAGCGUUCAACAGGAGCCCAACGAGGCGCAACCCGACCAAUCGUGAAGGAAGUCUAUUUAUGAAAAUGGAAUGUAGAUAAACAUUUCUGUACAGGUUCUCAUGCUAUUUCUAGAAAAACCAGUUGCAUGCUGUAAUUUAUUGCAAAAGGAGACAUCCAAUUUUGAGCUUUAAACAAGUAUUUUUGAGCCUCAUUUGCACUGAGCAGUCCGGUACGGUAAGAUAUUUGUAGCGUUUCCAUUGUAAAUUGGACCCAUUAACAGUACCAACCCAUACCUCCUAUGCCUCGUUUCCACGGAGCGGUCCAGACCGGACUGGACCGGGCCGGUCUGGACUUUUGAAUGUUUCCAUUACAAAAUUGACCCAUUAAGCAGGACCGACUGGUACCAUUUCUGGUCCCCCGUUGGUCAUAGGUCCAUAGAAAAAAAGAAUGGACCCGUGAGGACGGAGCUUCUGUCACACAAUGUAACCCAUUGAUCGGGGGAAAACAUUUUACGACAGAAGCAAGCGGUUUUCCCAACUCAACAUCCAAACCGAAACUGUUGACCUCUUUUCGUCUGUAUUCCUCUUCACCCCCCCAAUAAUAAAAAUAUUGCAAAGAAUAUUAAAUUCUUUACAUCCAGUAUUCCCUGUGUGGGUUGGGGAUCGGAGACACAUCCACACACAAACUCUGUUUUUGUCUGCAUCUCACCCGACUUCUUCGGCCGAAGAAUGUCCAUUACUGAUCCAUACUCAUCAAAAACACCUCUGAGCUUUGUGAAACAUUUAGCUGUAGUCACACCGUGUCGAUCCAUAUUUACAUCGUCCGUCUGCGCCCCGUAUGCACUUUGAUGGUCCAACGCUCAAUGGAAGCGCUCACUUGAAAUCCCUGGACCAUUCUAAACCGGCCAAGAUGGGACUGGUCUGGUCUGUGCCGCUCAGUGGAAACAAGGCAUUAGGGCCCCCAUUGGUUGUGGAAAGUUUGGGGCGGAGCUGCUGUAGCCACCCCUUUAUUGGCAUUAGAAAGCGCUAAUAUUGUAAACCAUUUAAAGGAUAACCAAACCCUAAAUCAACUUUUUUUGGCUUUUGACUAUAAAUGGGGUGUAAAGGUGCUGUCUGAUGGUCAUUUGAAAAAAAAUUUAAUAACCUAAAAUAAAAUUGUUUAAUUCUUGAAAAUAUAGUCAAAAAUCGUCUGUACGCUGCCCCUACAGGUUGAAUCUGGGUAUUACAGUUGAAUUUUGUAAUUGGUCAAACCAUGUAUAUUUCAGAGGUCUGACAUCACGAUCUGCAGCUCCAGUAAAGAUAACAGUCCACGCCCCCAGCCCCACCCCUCUGACUGGAUUUUCAUAUUUCGGCUGUGGGUGGAGUCAGCCUCCAAGUUCCCUGUUUGGUUACCCUUUAAGCUACCGUUUCCAACAUUUGUAAGCAUGUGCCCUGAAAACAAACUGCUUAGAAGAAGCGAGGCUUAACUGAGUAGAAACACUCGCCAGAAUUAACUGAACCGCACCGUACCACUCCUUACCGUACCGGACCGGACCGCUCAGUGGAAACAAGGUUUUGCAGUCUGCAAUUUUUUAUUGUUAUGAAUUCAUGUUUCUAAGGAUUUUUUGAGCUGUGCUCAGUAUUAGAACUUACUGUGAUCACAUAUUUAUUUUAUAUUAAAAAA